AUGACCGGUGCUUCAUUCGGCUUUUCCCUCCUUUUUUUGUCCGUCGACAUGAUGCCCGCGUCGUCUCCUUCGGCCUGGCCCGGAGAGGAGCGACCGUCUCUGCUGGACCAGGAGGAACCUGAGCUGAGCCAAGUGUCGGUGGCCAUGCCGUGCCCCUCCCUGGGCGUGGGCGAGGAGCUCCUGUGUAGCGGCAGCCCGGCCGGUGCUGCACCCCCACGGAGCAAGUCCAAAGGAGAGCUGGUCAUCGCCAUCAACGAGAAGCUUAAGAGCAGUAACGGCGUCCCAGCUGGGGAAAGCGCCUCCCCUGUGGUCUCCUCACCCCCCCGCCGCCAGCACUCCAUCUCGUACCCACAUCACGCCAAGACCAGGAAAGGCAGCCGGGCAGGCUCCAUUGGCUACACCGCCUUCUCCCCCAGGCCGUCACUGUCGCGCCACUCCAGCAUCGCCACCAAUCCCCCCUUGGACCGCACCAAGGUGAAGGACUACCUCCUGCUGUCCGUGCUAGCCUGCUUCUGCCCUGUGUGGCCCAUCAACAUAGUGGGCUUCGUCUACUCCAUCAUGUCCAAGAACAGCCUGGAGCAAGGCAACCUGGACGGCGCCGUGCGUCUGGGCCGCGUGGCCAAGAUGCUGUCGUUGGUGUCGCUGGUGGGCGGGACGCUCAUCAUCAUCGCCUGCGUAGUCAACCUGGCCAGUGAGUGUCCCAAAUCUGACCUUUGA